UGGACGUCGACAGACAUGGUUCGGUUGACCGUGAAGUUCGUCGUAGCGUUCUUGGCACAUCUGGAGUUCUUGCAGGAGCCGCCGUUCGCUGUUCGUGAUUGGGCCCCGAUCGUGUCGCGUGGUUUCUCUUUCCAAGAACUCGCCGUCCAUGUUGGAUCACCACCAUGAAAAACAGGUUUCCUGGGUUGAGAGCUGGAUCGAUUGCGCGUUGUUCUCCACCAGAGAAAGGGGAGAUUGGGGUCCCAUUGCUAGGCGACGCAGCCGCGCCUGGCUCAAGAUGUCUUCGCUUCAAGAGGCACGCCUGCGAGCUCGCCCGCAUGGCUCAGUGUCGCUACUCUGCUCCGUAUUUAGUGACUCAACUCCUGAGGGUGCAGCGAGGCGACGUCACAGUGAUCGUCAUUCUAGGAUUGAUUCUCGCGCGAGCGAUUGACUCGGUCUUUAAACCUGCAGUAAAUGAAUGUUUAUUAACUGCAGCAGCGACUCCUGUCAGUGGCAACAUUCCGUGCGAGAUUGUCUUGAUAUUUGGAGGACGAUGUCUUGAGUACACGCGUCUCAAGUACAGAGGCAGCUUGUUGAGCUGCAGCUAUAUGUGCGCUCCUUCGAAACGUGCUUCAUGCUACCAAGUUGAGGAAGAAGAAUUACCUUGUUUGAGAUUCGACCCUCCUUCUUACGGCAAAUGCUUCGCAGGAGUAUGUUAUACGUGGUCAGAGUUUCAGAACGUCACCAAGGGAAAGAAUCUGAAAAGAACUUUAGAUUGCGCAGCAGGCCAUGACUAUUUAUAUAACAGUUACGGACCUUUCGGCUGCAAAUAUUACUGGAGCGAAGGUGCAAGCCCUGCCAACCGUCCGGACGGAACAGGAUGCCUGAACCGCCACGCCUCGCCUGUGCGUCGCGGGAGCCGCAGGUAUACCGCAGAUGUGACCUGUGUCGCGUGCGGGGAAUCUAGAUCGCCUACGGACGAUGCCACAGGCUUCGCGGAAGGGAAUAUGUGACGGUUAUGGCUACUGUGUAGAUCAUUUAUAGGUGAUGGCUCAAAAUAUCGCGCCUCC